CACUAGAAUACCUGCGGGCACCGAUUUAGACACAUUCAAUUCUAAAUUGUUUAAAAGACGUUAUUAAGAGAAAAGGAUUAUGUAGCAAAUAUUAUGUUAUACAUUAUAAUAGUUUAUUUUGCAGGUGUAUUUACAUUUAUAUUGCAAAAACGCAAGCGUAUCGUUACUUUAGUUUCGGUUUAAACAUUUUUAAGUGCUUUUUUAUUGCCUUCCUUUAUCGUAAACUGCUGAGUCUUCAUGGCUUGUGGUAUUUUUAAAUUUUAGACUCGAAAAUUAUAUUUCGUAAAAGUGUUGAAUGCUGGUAUUCUUUUGAAAUUUAUAUCAGAUUUUAUAUGAAAAUCAGGCCUGUGCCAAUACUUUUGUUCACCACUGUAUAUAUACUUUGGCGUAGUCGCAUUGAGGUAUAGGACAUGUCAAAAAUUUGUGAUGGCGACGAUGUUGAAGGACAAAGGACGGCUCAUGUUUGAAGAUAAAUGGCCAUUUAUGCGUUCAAUUAUUUUGAAACUAUUGGUACAAGAACCUGUGACUCCAGCAGAAUGGCAGGAUUUAUUUUACUCUGUUCAUUUGGUAUGUGUGUGGGAUGAUAAUGGUCCUCCUAAGUUGAGAGAUGCACUUAAAGAAGAUAUAAUGGAUUUUAUAAAACAAGCUCAACAGAGAAUUUUAGCACAUCAAGAGGAACAAGCUCUAUUAAAAGCAUAUAUAGUUGAAUGGAGAAAGUUUUUUAUUCAGUGUAUUUAUUUUCCAACACCUUUUAGACAAUUAGAAACUAGUCUCGUGGGUAAAACAAGUUCCAGUACUCAAAAACGAAAUCAACCCGACGAUGUUGUUAGAAAGUUAAUGUUGGAUAGUUGGAAUCAGAGCAUAUUUGGAGAAAUAAAACAGAAACUGCAGGAUUCAGCAAUGCGACUUAUAAGAGCUGAAAGAAAUGGAGAAGCAUUUGAUUCACAACUUGUUAUUGGUGUUAGAGAAUCUUACGUAAAUUUAUGCUCAAAUACAACGGAUCAGCUUCAAAUAUAUAGAGAAAACUUUGAAGCGGCAUAUAUAGAAACAACAGAGGCAUUUUAUUGGGUUAAAGCACCGGAACAAUUAUCGCUACACGGCGUAGAGAAUUAUAUGCGUUACGCGGAAGCAAAGUUAAGAGAAGAAGAACUCCGAGCACAAAAGUAUCUAGAACCAAACAGUGCAAGUGUACAACUUUUAACCGAUUGUUGUGUACGUAUGUUAGUGGCAAGUUUUAAACCAGCUAUAUUAGCAGAAUGUCCAAGGAUGAUUCAACAUCAUCAAACAGAUCAACUUAGAUUGAUGCUGAAAUUAAUGGAUAGAGUAUCCGAAGGUGUAGGUCCAAUGUUAAGAAAUUUAGAGGAACAUAUUGCGAGUGCAGGUCUAGCUGAUAUGAUGGCAGCUGUAGAUGUAAUUACUCAUGAUUCUGAAAAAUAUGUUGAAAGAUUAUUAGACCUUUUCCGUCGUUUUUCAACUCUCGUUAAAGAAGCAUUUGACGAUGACCCCAGAUUUCUAACGGCUAGAGAUAAAGCUUACAAACUUGUUGUAAACGAUGCAACGGUAUUCAAGUUAGAAUUACCAGCUCGCCAAAGUUCUGGCAUCGGUACAUCAAUUUUAAAUAAUAAACCCAAUAACAACAAUAAUAAACAGCCAGAAUCAAAGUGUCCAGAGCUUCUUGCAAAUUACUGUGAUAUGCUACUUAGAAAGACACCUCUGAGUAAAAAACUGACUUCUGAUGAAAUUGAAAGUAAGCUAAAAGAUGUAUUGUUAGUGUUAAAGUAUGUUCAAAAUAAGGAUGUAUUUAUGCGCUAUCAUAAGGCUCAUUUAACACGCCGCUUAAUAUUAGACACAUCUGCGGAUUCUGAGAAAGAAGAAAAUAUGGUAGAAUGGCUUCGCGAAGUUGGAAUGCCUGCUGAUUAUGUUAAUAAAUUAGCUCGAAUGUUCCAAGACAUUAAAGUGUCGCAGGACCUCAAUCAACAGUUCAAAGAACAGUGUAGAGCUGCUAUUGCGGAUAGUAUAAAUAUUAAGAUAUUAAAUGCAGGUGCAUGGGCUCGAGGCAGUGAACGUGUCACUGUAAGUUUACCGUUACAAUUAGAAGAUUAUAUUCCCGAAGUAGAAGAAUUUUAUAAGAAAAAACAUAGCGGAAGAAAAUUACAAUGGUACCAUCAUAUGUCUAAUGGCACGAUAACAUUUUCCAACCAAGUGGGACGCUUCGAUGUGGACGUAACAACUUUUCAAAUGGCAGUUUUAUUCGCUUGGAAUCAGCGACCGUUUGAAAAAAUUACAUACGAAAAUUUACGACUGGCUACGGAACUUCCUGAUCCUGAACUUAGACGAACGUUAUGGUCUUUAUGUGUCUUUCCAAAACUUAAACGACAACUUUUGUUAGUAGAACCACCUGCACAUAGUCCCAAAGAUUUCGCGAAUGACACAAGGUUUUGGGUGAACCAGGAAUUCGCUAUUGUAAAAAAUGGAAAACUACAAAAACGAGGAAAAAUCAAUUUAAUAGGGCGGCUUCAAUUAUCAACUGAACGAAGUAAAGAGGAAGACAACCAAUCUAUUGUACAACUUAGAAUAUUAAGGGUUCAGGAAGCGAUCAUUAAGAUCCUAAAAAUGCGCAAGAAAAUUAGUAAUGCUCAGUUACAAACUGAAUUAGUCGAUAUACUGAAAAACAUGUUUUUGCCGAGUAAAAAGAUGAUAAAAGAACAAAUUGAAUGGCUCAUUGAACAUAAAUAUAUUCGCAGACACGAUGAUGACAUUAAUACAUUUGUGUACGUGGCAUAAACCGAGAUUAUGCAUGCAUAUAAGAGUGUAUAAACUCUUACGAUUAAUAUUAUAUUUUUAUAAAAAUUCAGUUUUUGUGUAUGAAAGUGUAUGCUCAAAGAAUCGUAAUGUAAUUGAAAGAUAUUUAAUGUUUUUGUAACACGAUCACAAAAAAGAAGAACACAUCUUUAACGUGAAUAAUUAGUGUUUGGGCACAAAGUCAUAUCGUUCUGGAAUCAUGAUUAAGUAAGAUACUGCCGUUGAUUACAAUUGUAUGCAUAGUAGUUGACAAUGAAAUUAUUAUAACACUUCAAAAUUCUAAUCUAUCAACUAAAUCGCAGAUUUACAAAUUAUUUUUAUAAUUUUGAAUAAAACAGUUACAAACACGUUUUAUUUUUUGUGUUCACACAUCACACAAAAAAUCUAAACACGAAUGAUGUAGACGCGUGAGUAUGUUUAUUUACUAUAUGUGUACAUAUUUUCCAAGGGUCAUUGAUUUCUGUGAAUUUGUUUCAAUUGUAAAAAGUACACUAAUUAUGAGAGUUUCUUUAUAUGACACGUUUUCACGCUGUUUUGUAUUAAUUGUGUCGUAACUUUUAAACGAUUAAAUGUGUAUUUCCGACUGCAAAAUUUUUAGCUGAAUAAAAAUACAUGCAAACGGGAAAUACAAUAAAUGGCCUAUACCAACACAUGUAAAUGUCAUAUUAAAGGAAUUAAAAUUCAUUUUCAUAGACUAGUAACGCAAUGUAUAAUCCUUAUGCUGAAUUUUGCACAGACACAUCAUGAAUCAUAACAUGUUGACUUACCAUUAUUAAUAACAUUUAUGUGUAUAAAGCUUUUAUAUUAUUAAAUAAGCCAAUGACAGUGUAACAGUAAACAAUUUCUGAAUUAAAAGA